AUGCCUCUCUCUCCCGGCCUCACGCAACAUACCUACAGCCGGCCACCGAGGCCACUCUCUGCCGUCACCAUCACUUCCUCUCCUCCUCUCCUCCUCUCCUCCUAUCCUCGCUCGACAGGCAACAGCACCGCCAAAACAAUCCAGCGCCCUGCUACAUCCGCGCCCGCGCACAGCUGCAUCUCCCAACGUCCCCAGCCUCCCGCCCUCCAAUCUCAACAUCCACUUCAGCUCAGAGGCGCAGACCUCGCUCGCAGGCGCGUACCGGAGGGUGGUGGUACCACAGCGCUGCUGGGCAGCAUGUAUCAGUACGGACCCGCUACCGAGACUGUUGUUUCCGAGAGAGAGAUUGCGAAGACCGAGAGAAUGGAGAUUUGA